UGGAUCUUUUAUAUCAUGUAAUCGGUGCGAUAUGAUCUCUUAUUGCACUCGUGAACACAAAUUGAUGCAUCGUCCAUACCAUAUGCAGAUUUGUGAAUAUAUAAACCGAUUUUUACGAGAGAAUGAAAUACGUCGAGACUGUGCUUUAAGUUUAACUAAUUGGAUCACGUUAAGACAACAAUUUCUAAGCUCAAUUAAAAAAUGGAUUCCACGUAAGCUAAAGCCGUAUGAAGAACAGAUGAUUCUUUUUGCAAAAUCAUGCUCUAUUUGUCAUAGACAGAUUAAUUUGGUACACUGUAGAACGUGUUAUUCGGAAUAUUAUUGCAUUGACCAUAUACAGAUAUUUCAAGGUUUGCAUCAGCAAAAAUGCCAACAGUUUGUGUUAUAUAUCAACACUAAUAUCGUGACUAGUGUAUACAAAUUCACUAAAUUAAAAUUCACUAAUAUUACUCGUCGAAAUGAAUCUUUUAAUGACAUGAAUACAUUUAUUAGAAUAUAUGGGCAACUUUCCUCAAAAUACAGCAGUACAGCUGCAAUAUAUUAUAAAUAUUUCUCCUGUGAUUAUGUAUCAGGACCGCUAACAGUAUAUUAUGGAAUAAAGAAUGCUGGUUUACUAGAACCACUUAUUUCAUGCGCACGUGUAACACAUGCAUUUAAAUACGUUAUUCACGUGGUAGCACUAAAUUCUUUAGAAAAGGAAUAUAUAAAUGCUUGGGAAAUAUUUAUACAUCUCACGCGUUACAUAAGGGAUCUAACAAUUAUACUAGUAGGACCAAAUUUUGAGCAGGAACAUUAUGACAAAGAACUUUGUAAUUUCUGCAAGAACAGAUGUUUAAUACUUCAUGUUGAAAUUUAUAGUACAUUUUACCAUAUGUAUGUGGCCGGUCCGUCUUUUAAAGAACCAAAUAUAAUUGUAGAAUUUCAAGCAGAUUUUAGUAAUGAGUGGACAUGUUCGCGGAGCAUAUUUUUAUCACGGAUUAGACACUGUCCGUUAAUUUUAACUACCACAUCGGAAGAAAAAGCACAACAGAACGUGUCUAUUUUAAAACAAAUUUUAGGUUCGCAUAUACAUCCUCUCUAUAAUACUCGAAAUCCUUUUAAAUCUUGGAGGCCAUGGCGAGAUUUGGAGACUGAUUCUGUAUAUUUUCGUAAUGAUUAUGUAACUUUCUAUCGUAACACAAGUAUUUUAUGAAGAACAUACCGAACGGUUCAGAGCAUUUGAAUAAGAUUUUAGCAUAUAUAAUAUAAAAUAUGUGUUGUUUGUACAAUCGAAUUAUGAAUAUUUUUAAUAAAAUAAUAAUAAUAAUAAUAAUAAUAAAAUAAUAAUACUAAUAAUAAUAAACGAGAAUACACUACAUGCAUAGAAAACUCCAAAAAUGGUAUUUUAAUGUAACUUUACUAUGGAAGAAACAGUUUAAAUAUAUGAUUUUUGGAAAUACGGCGCAUAUAUGU